GUUGUGCUGUUCGCAUUGCAGCCAACGCCCCGCCCAAAGCAUUUGUUGAAAAACAAACUCCGUGCUGCUGUGGCCAAUGUUUACGUGCAGCUACGGCGCGCCUUUAUGUCGUGUAAUGUGAGUUGUAUGUAACAAAUAUCGUACAAAUGGCAUCUUCAGGGUUGUAUUGUCAUCUUGUAGCGCUUAUCUUCGUGGCUGUGACGAUCCAGCAAGGAACCUGUAUCAAAUGCUGGACAUGUCGAUCAGAUUCUGAUCCAAAAUGUGCAGAUCCUUUUGACAACUCUACAGUACCAAUAUCGGAUUGUAAACAAGAACCAACUCUUGAACAUCUUCCAGGCAUUCGACCAACAAUGUGUCGCAAGAUCAGACAGAAAGUUGAAGGCCAGUGGCGAUACUUUCGCAGCUGUGCAUAUUUAGGAGAACCUGGUAUAGAAGGUGAUGAAAGAUUUUGUCUAAUGCGCACAGGCACCUACAACAUCUUCAUGGAGUAUUGUACAUGCAAUAGCAAAGAUGGAUGCAAUUCAGCUAUAUCAGUGAGGGGCUUUUCCUUUGCUGGGAUCGCAGUACUAGCCUCAUUGUCAUUGUGGUUACUUUUAGUCCUUCAGAGAAUCUGGUGAAAACAUCUCAUUAAAUUCAUAUCAAGGUACUCUUAUAGAAGGGUCUCCUUUUCUCACUUUUCAUUUUGAACUACCUAUUACAUGACAUCUUAAAAGAAGAUUGACUCACUAAUUAGUGAAGUUAGGUAUGCAAAUAAAUGAAAUUUCUAGGAGGAAAUUUCUUAGCUGGUAGACACUGUCUUUCAAUUUUCUUUACAAAUUGUGCCAGACAUUACUUUUAAUGACUGAAAACAAGAAAUUACCUUUUUGUAUAACUUGCACAUCUUCCCUAAUCUUUCAGAGCUACAUUCAACACAUCAUAUUGAUGAAUCAACCUUUCUUUUGAAUAUAUACUCAUCUCCAUAUCUUCUGCUUUUACACAUGCCCCAAGGUCAGGUCUUCAAGACUGAUAUUUCAUUUCUGAUAAAAUUUAUUUGGCUUAGUACCUUCACUAAUAAAUUCCAUUAAAUGCUUUACAGUAGUUCUACCUUAGCAAAUGCAUAAGACCUUAGUACAGGAUGAUUGAAGCGCUUAAAAUAUGAUGCUUCUGAAACAAUGACAUGAUGGAAUAGAUGCUAAACAAACCUGCAUAAAAAUUUACUAUGUACAUUUUCAUGUUAGGGUCUUAUGAUUUUAUUUUCCCAUCAACUGUUAGGUUUUUAUAGUACUAGCAAUGGCACUUACUUAUACUUUUACUGUUCUUCAUAGCCACAAUAACGCAGAUCUCUACUUAAGAACGAGUUUUUCAUUCUGGCUACUAAGUGGUGUAGAUAUGUUUCCUGUGAUUUUGUGCUCUUUUAGAGCAUGGGAAUGAAUAUAAAAAGCAUGUGGAGGUAAAAAUUGUAUGUCCUGGUAAUACAUACCAUAAUUGGUGUAAUUGCAACAAAACAAUAGAAAAUAUUUUGUUGUAAAAAUAAUGUAUUUUUUUAGGUAAAGCAUCAUUAUUGAAAUUAUAUUUUUAGAUGCCUAAUUGGCUCACAAUUUGUCUGUAGUUGAGAUUUAUAGAUAUAAGGAACACAUGCUUAUUUUUGGUACAAAUUAUAAUUUUUUAGCUUCUAAAAUUAAGAUAAGCUAAAUACAGAGUACUUACAAUGCAGUACUUCCAUCGUUUUUGAAAAAUAUGGAAUGCAAUCAAAUCUGUUUUCUUGCAAUUAUAAAGGCUUACACAUAACCAUUUUGAUAUAAUUUGCUACUUUCAUUGUAAGGACCACAUUUAAAUUGGUUAUGAAGGACAAGACUGAAGAAGGUGAUAGAAAAAUUUCAUUCUGAAUGUUGGAUUUGCUUUAUGCUAAUGAGGCAUUUCAUUGUGAAAUAUCAGAUCAAAAAUUAAUUUAUAAAGGUCCUAACUUCCUUUUAAAUUAAUGAGAAAUGUGUGAAGUGGAAGCUUUUCUCCAGUUUCUAUAACUAGAAAUCUUUACUGUUCAUCGAUACUUUUAUUAGUGUAUAAUGAAAGUAGAGGCUCAAAGAUACCAUUAUCAUUUCUGUUUGUGCAGCUAGUCAGGCUGAUCCUUACUGAAGAAUGAAUUAUUGAAGUCAUGAGUAGAAGUUGAAAAAAAAAAAAAAGGCAAAUAACUUUUCAGCUUCUGACUUGUAGAUUUCCAGUAUGUUUACCGUCCAGAAGAGUAUAGAAUUUAGAAUAGUUUCUUCUUAUUUUUAUACGAAAUGUGAAGAGUACAGGAUUGCUUUGUUCAAUUGUUAUAAAGUUAUUAGCAACCUGUUAUACAUGUAUAUAAGCUUUCAUACAUUCACUAUUGAGGGGUCAAUUUUGCCUCAAAUAUAAAUCAUUUUAUAUUCUCAGAAUUCUCAGCUAUUGUAUUCCGUCCAUUGUUAAGACUUUUUUUUAAAGAUGAUAUGAACUAUUGUAUUUUGUAAAGCAAGAUUUUUGUAAUAUCCAUUUUGAAGAUAUUUUCUGGUACAAGUUUGCUGGUCUUUCAGAGAUUGUUAUGUUUUCAGUUACAUUCCUACUCAAUUCUUCCAAUGUUCUUGGAAAUAAUUUGUUGAAAGAAAGGUAUUGCAUAAUUUAUUUUUUUUGCAAAAUGUUUUGUUAAGCAUCUUUGUGCAUUGUAAAGAUGUUACUACAUAACAAAUUUUGUGGAGAGCAGCUACAUUCAUUAAGGAUUAUUUUAAAAUGGCAUUUUUUUCAGUAAGAUUGUGCCAGUUAAAUUUAUGUUAUAUUACAUGAGUGACUGAAUCAUGGACAUUAAAAUAAAUGAACAUGUUUAAUAAAUAAAUGUUUGGGUAUUCUUAUAUCUUCA